CCCCAUUCCGCAAGCGAAACAAAAUAACGCUGCCAGUGAAAAUCCCAAGUAGUGUCCCUUAGUGUGGCGAAAAAGGGGUGCAGUUUGGCACCGUCAGUUUUACUGUGCAAAGUGUGUCCUGUCCGGACGAAUUGAGGAUUCCGUCAGAAGCAGCGAGAAUGUGUUAACCAUUGACGUGUUCGCAGUGCGCUAAACUGUUAAAGGACAGUUGGAGAAAAAAAGCAUAAGCCAUGACCACGAAUGGUAGCGAAUGAGUAAAACCAGGUAAGGAUCAACCGUGUAAAAAGAAUCAACUCCCGGCGGCCUCCAAGUUGACAAGCAUCAAAGAGUGCAACCUCCAAGUCCCAGCAUCAAACGAUACACGGAAGACCCGAGCUAACCACCCCGGCCACCACCCACACACCACGGACUCUACGUAGGACACCGGGCCGGCAAAAAAUCGCGUCAAGUUGGAAGGAAAAAUCUUCUCGGCGGUGAACAGCUUUCUCACUGCAUCGACCUUCGUCAAAGACAUCAGACAGCUGAUCAUGACCCGACAGACAAACAACGACCCAACGACCACACCAGGAACGAGCUCUACCAAUCAGACCCCCGCGGAUAGUGUAGAUUACCAGCAGCACAGCCGCCCGGACUCGGUCAGUGGCUCUCGGCAGGACAGCGUCAAUCAGCCGCCCAGCGACACCUCCAGCCUGGACGGGAACGUGUUUGUGGAUGGUGCGAGUGCGCCCUCGCACGGUAGACAGCGCCGCUCGCAGACCACGGACUCCCUCGCGUCUGGCAACACCGUGGAGUGUGCACUGAACAGACGCUUCGUUUCGAAGCACCAGAUGAAGGAGUUCCGGGAAGCGUUCCGGCUGUUCGACAAGGACAACGAUGGGUCGAUCACGAAAGAAGAGCUGGGCACGGUGAUGCGCUCGUUGGGGCAGUUUGCACGCGUCGAGGAGCUGCAGGAGAUGCUGCUCGAGAUCGACGUCGACGGUGACGGUAACGUGAGCUUCGAAGAGUUCGUCGACAUCAUGUCCAAUAUGACGGACACGGUGGCGGAAUCGUCGGCCGACCAGGAGGAACGCGAGCUGCGGGACGCGUUCCGAGUGUUUGACAAGCACAAUCGAGGCUACAUUACGGCUUCGGACCUACGGGCGGUCCUUCAGUGUUUGGGCGAGGAUCUGGACGAAGAAGAAAUCGAGGACAUGAUCAAGGAGGUGGACGUCGACGGGGACGGACGUAUCGAUUUCUACGAGUUCGUACACGCGCUGGGCGAGCCAGAAGAUUCGCAGGAGAACGACGAGGACGAUGAGAUCGUCUCCAUUCGCUCGCCAUCGUUCGAUGUGCAGGCAUAAUGAGAUGGAGUUACCGAAACUUUGGCCAACCAUACGGAGAUGAUUACGGAAUUGACCAAGUGAACGGAAUGGACACACAACUGCGUUCCCGCUUGCAGGACCUAACGAACGCCAGCGUUACAGCGUAACGUAAACCUAAAACUAAUCGAUUUUUCGCUUAUACAUACCCAUUGAUGAAUGUAAAGGGAAUGACCGGAAGACUUUUACGCAUUUGGGGGCUAAUUCUGCGCCAAAACUUUGCGACCGAGCGAUCGACUUGUCGGUUGGCAGUCAGACAUAUGAAUAGCAACUUUUAAAGAUCCUUUUCCACAUAAUCGCUGUUUCGCAAUCAAUCAUAUGAAAAAUCACAAAAAAGAAGCAAUUAUCAAACUACAUCUAACUAGUAUUAGAAUGAUAAAGUAUGAUUAAGUGAAGUUUGAGAGAUUAGUGUUUAUUUUAGUGAGAUGAGUGAUUUAAAAAAUCUUGCCAAUGCCAGAGAUACAUUUUACGAUUAAUACUUUCAAAUCAUCCACCAUAUCACGUACUAUUCGCCCACGGUGCCGGUAUGAAGCAUUUUGAGUGCCACACCGCAUCAAUCCGAUGUUAUUUUUUCAGAUUUUGCAAAACUUAUGUGGGGUUUAAUUGGCAAAACAAUGAGUAAUAUUCAGAACAAAAGAAAUAAUUCGUUUCUGAUCGUUUGCAAGCAGAAAAGUCGAAUUGAGCAACACUUUACGGUGUGGAUAGAAUGAAGCCGAGUGAAACAUUUCCGACGAACAAAGUUUUAAAACAAGCUCAUAAAUAUUACGAGAUUAUAUCCCUACGGCAUAUCAUGCCAGGCUACAGUAAGCAUUCGCGUUCGUUACCAUACUUGCCCAUUGUACAAUUUUUGAAACUAC